AUGACUUGCAAAGACUUACAUUCAAUUUCUGAAAGUAUACCCGGCAUGCGAAUGUACGGACCCGACAGCAUAUACAGCUGGAUGACUGCAGCCUGCUGUGUUCUGUCAAGCUUCUUCGUCUCCGCCAGCAUACGAUCAUCCGGCAUUCUCUAUUUCCAAACUGUGGAACACUUCCACGUGACAAGGUUAAAGGCUUCUUGGCCAAUUAUUGUAUCGACAGCUGCAAUGCUGGCAUCAGGAUUGGUUUCUGGGCCUCUGGCAAAGCGAUUCACUGUAAGGCCAGUAGUUAUAGUGGGGAGCUUCCUCUGUUCAUUUGGAUUGAUUUGUUCAUACUUUGCGACCAAUAUUGAGGAGCUAAGCAUUGCUUUCGCUGUCAAUGGUGCCGGAGCAGGAAUGGUGAUGUUGACGCACCCAACGUGCAUCAACCAACACUUCGUUAAACACAAAGGCCUUGUCAUUGGCCUCAAUUUCGCUGGAUCGACAUUAGCAUUUUUUGUGUUUCCAAAAAUCAUCGAGCUUCAAGCUAUCGCCUAUGGAUUCAAAGGAAGCCUUCUCCUCUUGGGGGCCAUCUCGCUCAAUUCACUGCCCUUCACCUUGUUUAUUAGGCAACCUCACUGGCUAACGAAACAGCCUGAUAUAAGCUCUCCAACUGCUAUAUCACACGCUCAGCAGAACGGAAGCGCUGUCAAAAUCCUCAAACACUCUUCGAAGCCGAGCCUCUUUCAAGACUUGCGCAAUCUUUUGUGGAAUCCGAUUUUCUACAUCAUACUUUACACGUACCUUACUUACAGUUUUUGCUACGAUUGUUACAGCUCGCUGCUUGUUGAUUUCGCCGUUGACAAGGGAAUUUCUUUGUCCAAGGCGGUAACGCUGGUAUCCAUGACAGCUUUAGCGGAUUUUGCCGGGAGGUUACUGCUUCCGACGGCCAUUGACCAUGGACUCAACAGCAGGGUCCUUAUGGCGGUUCUUCUGGCUUUUAUGGGGACUUGUUUCUUACUUCUACCUUUCGCGAACUGGUACACAUUCCUUUUCAUUGUGACCUGUGCAAUCGGGUUUGGGAUCGGCACGUGUCUUGUGAGCGCUUCCGUUAUCAUCACCCAGCGCGUAAGUGUGGAGAUGGCGUCAGUGGCCUUUGGAGUGGUGUACGGGAUCUGCGGAAUUCUGUCCUUUGGGAAGCCACCGAUUAUUGGAUACUUUCGGGACAACUGGGGCACUUACGACGCAGUUUUCAAUCUUUGUGGUGGAAUGUGCCUGUGCGGCUGCGGCAUCUGGAUUGCCAUUUCUGUUUUAGAGAAAUUUAGCGGAACCAAGAAAUGGAAUCCACAAGAAAAUCUCAGAACAGAGGACAUUGUUGCUCUCAGGUUUUUCUAUCUGCCAAGCUAUAUUUGCACGAGAGCUCAGACUUUUAUAACUCCUACUCAAGAAGAGGAUUACGAUAUAAAAAGAUUUUAAUAAUCGGCGUUAAGAUAGUGCCAUCAUGUUCGCGGUAAAAAAUGAGUAACGUUGUUGAAUAAAACGAUGCAACGCUAACUACAUUUCUUGCGUCCCAAGUGAGAAUGGCCAUAGUGACUAUCAGCGUGUAUCUUCUCGCCAAUAUAAGGCAUAUGCAGUUUCUAAUCGAAGGGAAUAUCAACCUUUGCCGUGCCAGUCGAUAUCGCCCUCCUAAUUGCAGCAUCUACCCCGACAUGACAGUUACUUUAAUUGUAGGAUAAAGAGCCUGUUUAUCGACACAACACCGGAGUUCGACACCCGUGGAUUACAAUUUUCAACAUUCACUUUGUUCCUUAAGCUCGUGUUUGUGUUUGUUUGCUUUUUAAUAAAAUAUAUAAGUAU